AUGUUCAGCUUCCAUCCACAAAGGAACAUAGCAGAAGCCGUCAUUCAGCAGAACAUAUCUUCUAGAUGGGUGGUCGAUUGGGAUGAAUUCAUUCCAUCUGAAACCAUAGGGUUCAUGGUUUGGUUUUUCAAGAAUAAAACAGAAGAGCUUUGUGACUAUUUACAAGACAACGAAGCACGUCCAUUCUGCCUACGCGAACAACAUCACUACUACAAAGAAAGAAUCCACGAUGACUUGAAUCUUGUGGUUCUAUUAGAUCUAGAGAUUCGUUACCCAUGCGUUGACGUUCGUUACGAUUUUGAUGAGAUGAAAAGAGAGGAAUACUAUGAAAAGCGGGAUUUCAAGAAUGCAGAGUGUAGUCGAAUGGCCAGGCCCAAAAAGACUGUAAAACCUGUUAAAAAGGCUAGAAACACCAAACGUGAUCAAAUUGUGUACUCGGAAUACACUGGACGUCCACGUCGAGCAUGCAAGGAGGAAAGAUUGGAUGGUCGAGUGAAGGCGUUUUCAAAAAGAAGCGGAGAAUCCCUUGAUGUGGUAGUUGUUCAAACCAAACGGAAAAGGUUUCGACGAAUGAAGAGAGAACCUGCAUGGCCAUUUUUUCUAACAAUGCUCCACGCGUUCCCCAACGAUGAUAUAUCCAAAUAUGCAGUUUAUUUCAAUUCAAUCAAUAAUUGGGCGGUGCAAUACCCAUACCCAGUUUGGGUUGAGACCUUUCGUUGGAUAAAUAUACGCCUUGAGGAUCGGAAAAAUGAGAUUGAACGCUACUUGCAAGACAACCGGUACUGUGAGCCUAAAAUUCCAGAGCGCCCAGAUAUGUUUGUGAACACACCGAUCAACAAGCAACCAGACAUCAUGUUGAAAUUCAUGGAACUUUUCAACUGGAAAUUGAUCCCAUUCCACAAGUUCUACAUUUACAUUCGUGAGGAUAUUACCACUAUUCAGUUGUGGAAUAAAGCUGUGUUUGUGGAGUUCCCAAUUGGAACAAAUGAUCUCAGUGGGAUCUUGAAGCAAUUGACCCCAUUCAUUGCAUGUCUUUAUGAAGCAAGAGUGUUCAGUAUUGGUGUGAAGAUCUUCGGAAGCGCAAAGGAAUUGAUGAAAAGAUUUAAAAACUAUCUCAACAAAGACAAAAAAUUUGAACGUGAUCCUGUCAAAUAUGCAUGUAGUGAUAUUCGAUACAAUUUCGAUGAAAUCGGAAGAGAGAAGUUCUACGAGACUCGUGAUUUCAAGAGAGCUGAGAAGGGGCAGGACAAGGAUACUGAUAAAUGGAUUUUCUAUAAGCGUGCCAUCGAUGAUGAGGAUUUUGGAGUUCCAAUUGUUCUUGAUUAA